AUGGGUCUCUUGCCCAGUAUUGCCCUUCCGUCAAAAGACACGAUCAAGAAAAGAUGCACGACUCUCGAAGCUUGGGCUCUACCCAAGCAGGAUUCAACGAUUGCACCCGACUAUGUCUGGACGAACAAAGAUAUGGAUCCCGUCCCGAUCGAGGAUCAGACAUGGAGCAUGUGGACUUGGGUGGCAUAUUGGGCAACUGACAUGAUCAAUCUGGGUACUUGGGAGACGGCCAGCUCAAUCAUACAAGUCGGUCUAACCUGGCGGGAUGCUAUCCCCAUCAUGGCUGUUGGUACUCUCUGUGUCGCUAUUCCUGUCGUCCUCAAUGGCGCAAUUGGUGCUCAUCUCCACGCACCUUUCAGUGUCAUCGUUCGCUCUGGCUUUGGCUACUACUUUGCCUACUUUGCUAUUGCAAGUAGAUGUAUCUUGGCCAUGUUCUGGCUGGGUAUACAGAGUGCCAAUGGUGCUUUGGCUAUGCAAGUCAUGCUGAUGGCGAUAUGCCCAUCUUUUGCGUCCUACGAUUGGAAUGGUCCUAAUAACACAUUGCCCAGAAGCGGCGGCAUAAGUACAGCAGGAAUGAUCGCCUACUUCCUCUUCUGGCUUAUCCAACUUCCCCUUCUCCUAAUCCCACCAACCCGCCUCCGCUACCUCUUUAUCAUAAAACUCAUCGCUGCACCCAUAACCGCCUUUGCAACUCUCGGUUACAUGAUCCACAAAGCCGGCGGUACUGGUGCAAUCUUCUCUCAGCCCGGUACCGCGACAGGAGAAACUAGAAUUUACCUCUGGCUAAGCUGUAUGUCCUCAGUCACAGGCGUAUGGGCAACUCUGGCCUGCAACAUCCCUGAUUUCUCGAGAUAUGCCAAGGGUAGGGCGGAUGGAAAGACAAACUAUGCGCAAUACAUUCAAUUGCCUGUGUUGCCUAUCAUUUUCACACUGUGUGGUGCUCUAGGCGUAAUCACAACCUCGGCAUCUAAAGUCGUCUACGGCGAGUUUUACUGGAACCCCUUGGAUAUCGUUGCGCAAUGGCUUAACAAUGGAUCUGCAGGCAGAGCAGCUGCUUUCUUUGCAGCAUUAAGUUGGUAUAUCGCGCAAGUGGGCACGAAUAUCACUGCCAACUCGAUUUCGGCCGCGAAUGAUAUGUGUGUCAUGGCACCGAGGUAUAUCAAUAUCAAAAGGGGGUGUGUUAUUGCUGCGGUGGUCUCUUGUUGGGUUAUGGUGCCUUGGAAGAUUCUUUCUGAUGCGGAGACCUUCUUGAGUUUUAUGUCGGGAUACUCGGUGUUUCUUGCUCCUAUGGCUGGCAUUAUAGCAGCUGAUUACUGGUUGAUCAAAAAACGACACAUCGAUGUGCCAGCCCUCUACGACCCGCAUGGUCGCUACAGAUACGUCUAUGGCGUCAAUUGGCAAGGUCUAGUUGCCUUUCUCAUUGCCGUCUGUCCCAAUCUACCUGGCCUGGCGGACUCAAUCAAUGGCAUCUCAAUCUCCGCUGGAGCUAAACAUCUAUACGCCUUCGAUUGGUUAUAUGGAUUCGUAUCCAGCGUUUUUGUAUACACCGUGUUGAGCAUGGUGUUUCCGACGAUGGAGGCGCUGAUUCCGAAGACCAUCUAUAGCUUGGAAGUUGUGGAGGGUAAAGAGACAAGCCCCGACAGGGAUAUCGAAAGCGAGAGCAGAGGCAUAUUCGAAGAGAAGAAAGGAUUUAGAGGGGAGGACACCGCGGAUGUCGGCAAGGCUCUGUAGACGCCAGACCAAAGAUAAUGCUCAUAGAUGAAUAUACU